AGCAACUAAAACAACAACAACAGUAGCAGCAGCGACACCAAAGGCAAGGCGAGGCGAGGCGAGGCGAGCGAAGCAAAAGCCGAAAAGAGAAUUAAGAAAGUUGAAGAGCGAGCAGGAGACACCGCCAGCGGGUGGUCGGUCUAACAGUAACUUAACUUCAUUUACGUCUGAAAACGCAGUUGAAAUAAACGACUUCACGACGCUGGCGGAUUUUCUAAAAAAUAUCCAAUCCCUGUGGCUAACGAGCUGGCUCAGCUCCGGCAGCGGGAGAAACAAGAGGAGCAGCAGCAGCAGCGGUGGUGAGGAUAAACGCGCCGUCAACGUUUACACGCUCCAGCAGCCGCAUAAAUUUCCGCUUCAAUUGGACGUGUACAGCGGUGGUAAUUGUAGCUUUGAUUGCCACCACCACCAGCAGCAGCAGCAGCAGCAGCGGGAGGAGCUGGACAGGAACCAUCCUUCACAGAAAUCAACACUUUCCGCCUCUUUUGCCCAGCAGAAUUCGCAGCCCAGACGCCGGCUGUCGCAAACUUGCGAAGCAGCAGCAGAAACCAAAUUUAUUGAAAGUUCAAUGUCCCAAACCAUGGACGACAUGGUCUAUCAGUGCAGCAAUCAGAACUCCAUUUAUGUGCUUAAUGCCAGCUAUAAUGCAUAUGGGGACCUGGGCACAUAUGCGGCAACAAAGCGUGAAAUAAAUGGCAGCCAGAGCCGAGCAGCGGCAGCGCAUCCAAUUGAGGCAACUUGCUCCACGACUGCUGCGGGUGUGGGUGUGGGUGUGCAGCAUAAAUUCAAAAGUUCUGGCAGUGCCACAACAGGAUCUUUAGGAGGAUGCGCUUCAAACUACGUAAAUCCUGUCGCUACAUCAAUGUCAACCACAAUGUGUUCACCGGCAGCGACGGCCCUGCAAAAACUGUUCAAUUGCAGCGUCGGCAAUGCCUGCCAAAAUGUCACCCACACUCACAACGGCAGCAACAACAACAACACACUCCACGGGAGCGGCCAUAACAAUGGCUGCCUGUCAGCGACUAGGGGAAACCUGUGCGAAGGGGGAGCGACCGGGGUGGCAAAUGCAAGUGGAAGUGGUGCUGGAGUCCCAGCAGGUGGUGCGCCACAGCCGCUGCUGGCCAAGAAGAAAUGCACCAAUGUCAAAUCGACGCUUAUUGCCAAGAAGACAAAGUUUCUGAAAUUUCUCGAAGAAGAAAAAUGGAGGAACGCUGCAGCCGCAGCAGCAGCAGCAGCGGAGGAUGAAGGAAGGGAAGACAUCAGCAAUGAGGCGGAGCCCAGCUCAGCGGCCACGUUGUCGACAACAUCAUCGUUUGUGGGCCACUCAGGCGUGCAGGGGCGGAACAACAAUGGCAGGCACUUGAAAAAUCAGAGCAACAGUCAGGAAGCUGGCUCCUCCCGAACCAGAGCUGGGACUGGAACUGGGACGCAGCCCCACCAGCAGAAUAAAUUGAACAAUUGGAGCAUGCAUAAUGAGGACAGCAACAAACUGACCAACUACCCGCAGCAGCAGGAGCAGCAGGAGCAGCGGCAACAUCAGAGCUAUGUGAAGGAACAAACAAAAUCAAGCUACGAACUGUACCAGGAGGCAGCCGACAUUUUGGGCCUCAGCUGCAGUCUCUGUGAUAACUGCCGCUGCCUGGACUGUCAAAGCGGCUACUUUGAUUGCGACGACGACGACGAGAGCUACUCGGAACAGUCGUUGAUGGACGAUGAAUACGAUGACUACGACUACAGCGUGGAGGAGCUGCAGAUGCUGCUGACCAGGGAGCAUCAGUUGGGACAGGGGCCCGAGCAAACAUUGUGCUAUGCCGUGGACUGCCAGCAGAACUGCCACCUGCCCCAGGACGAAGCCCAGGAGCCACCAGCAGCUGGCCAGGGGAAUGUGGAGCCAGAGCCGGAGUAUGUUGGGGUCUCCGGACCCCAUCGUGUGGCCAUCGAUUUUGAUUUAAUUAACGCCACUUGCAGCCAAGUGUUGCAAAAUUGUGAAACCUUUAACGAUUUGAGUUUGCUGGAUGCCGCCGGCACCGAGCAGCGUCCGUUUACGUAAAUACAGGAAACGCAAGCGAAAUCGAGAUCGAACGCCGCAGCUAAUUAAAUGUGGGAAAAGCGAACAAAAAUCCUUUCAUUUCCACUGACACCUUUUACAGUGGCUGCCAAUUGCAUGCACACGAGCCGUGGCCUGUUUGCGUUUCAUUUAAUUUCUUAUUUUGAUUUCAAUCAAGUUCCGACACGCCCAAUGGGCAAGAGGACACAAACAACAGUAAAUGGUAAUCAAUGAUUUUGUUAACAAAAAGGCUCCUCCGACAGUACAUAAAUAUGCAUCCACAUAUAGAUGUUGAAAUCUGUUAUAUAUAUUCGACACCAACCGUGUGCGUGAAUUGCAUUCAAUUAAUAACUGUGGAAAUGGAAAACGUUUCAGUUAUUGUCAGUAAAUAAAAAUAUAUAUAAAUUAUCUACUUGUAACCCAUAGUCAUGUGCCAAUUCGAACAAUGAACAAAGCUAAGAAACAAAAACAAACAGAAACCAAUACGAUUUGC